AUGGUUUCAUGGUCACAUGGAUCGUGGAUCGAAUCAUGGGAAACAAUUAGUCAGAUUCAACCUACAACCUCCACAAUCAUGGGAGUAUUUGAUCCAACAAAACCCAUCUAUACUAGUCAUGAGAACAUUGAAGAAUUUUUGAUCUACUUUGAAGCCUAUGCCACAUUGAAAGACUGGGAUAACAACAAAAAGAGCUUGGUAAUUGUACUUCAUAUAGCAGACAGAUUAAAACCAUUGAUAAUACAGUUAAGAAGAAAUAACCUAAAUUGGAAGAACCUGAGAGAAGCCAUGAGUCCAGUUCAGAUUGUUGACGAAAAAGGGAAUUGGGUAGUCGAAAGAGGAGCUGGGAAAUUCUCAGUCAUCCAAGAAGUGAGGAAGAAAAGAGAUAUGACCUUCCUUGACAUGGGUCUUUACCUUCAAAUGCAGCACAAACCAAAGGAAAUACGAAUCUGA